GCUUGAUGAGAUGCAAAUGAGAUGCAAAUGUAUUCAGGAAGGCUCAGGAGAGCCAGAAGGAGAUGAAGCUGUUGUUAGAUAUGUACAAAUCGGCCCCAAAGGAACAAAGGGACAAAGUGCAGCUCAUGGCCGCCGAGCGCAAGAGCAAGGCCGAGGCCGAGGAGCUCCGUGGCCGUGCCCGGGAGCUGGAGGAACGUGAGAGGAGGGAGAGCAAGAAACUGGCGGACGAAGAGGCCUUGAGGAGACUGAGGGCGGCCGAGGAGAGCAUCGAAGGCCUGCAGAGGAGGCUGGCCGCCACCAAACAGGAGGAGGAGGCGCUGCUGUCGGAGAUGGAUGUCACAGGCCAAGCCUUUGAGGACAUGCAGGAGCAGAACCUGCGUCUGAUGCAGCAGCUACGGGAGAAGGAUGAUGCCAACUUCAAGCUGAUGUCGGAGCGCAUCAAGGCCAACCAGAUCCACAAGCUGCUCAGGGAGGAGAAGGACGAGCUGGCGGAGCAGGUGCUGGCGCUCAAGGCACAGGUGGACGCCCAGCUGCUGGUGGUGCAGAAGCUGGAGGAGAAGGAGCGAGUCCUGCAGGGCAGCCUGGCCGCCGUGGAGAAGGAGCUGGCCAUCAGGACACAGGCCCUGGAGCUCAACAAGAGGAAGGCCGUGGAAGCGGCUCAAUUGGCCGAGGACCUUCGAGCUCAGGGGGAGCACGUUCAGAGUCGGCUCAGGGAGCUGCAGGCCUGCGCUGCUGAGAACAGGGCGGCCAAGGACAAGGAGUCCCUCAGCCUCAAGAGGGCACAGGAGGAGCUGUCGAGGCUGCGUCGGAAGCUGGAGAAGCAGCGCAAGGUGGAGGUGUACGCGGACGCCGACCAGAUCCUACAGGAGGAGAUCAAGGAAUAUAGGGCCCGCCUGACGUGCCCCUGCUGUAACGCGCGUAAGAAGGACGCGGUGCUGACCAAGUGCUUCCACGUCUUCUGCUUCGAGUGCGUCAAGAGCCGCUACGACACGCGGCAGCGCAAGUGCCCCAAGUGCAACGCGGCCUUCGGGGCCCACGACUUCCACCGCGUCUACAUCAGCUGAGACCCACGGCUGCCCCAUAGCUGCCCCAUAAGUGGCCCUAUAUAGCGCCUAUGGGUGGCCAUUGGGGGGUCUUGGGUUGGGUUAUGGGUGGCCAUUGGGGUCUUGGGGGGAAGUUGCCCCAUAGCUGCCCCAUAAGUGGCCCCAUAUAGCGCCUAUGGGUGGCCAUUGGGGGUCUUGGAUUGGGUUAUGGGUGUCUAUUGGGGUCUUGAGCCCAUUGGGGUCUUGGGUUGGGUUAUGGGUGUCUAUUGGGGUCUUGGGUUGGGUU